GCGCGCGGGCGCCCGUUUAAAACCAUGACCGCUGCUGAAGUUUAUAAAAUAUCAUUUAUAUUUCCGAAUCAAGAUAAGUAUGAUGGUGAUUGUACAAGAACAGCUGAUGGAGUUCUUGAGAGGAAUGGAUAUGGAGUUCAUACCACUCCAGAUGGAAUUAUAUACCAAGGAAACUGGAAGAAUGAUAAGAUGAAUGGUUUAGGAAGGCUGGAACAUCCUUCAGGUGCAGUUUAUGAAGGUGAAUUCAAGAACAACAUGUUGCAUGGAGUAGGAACCUACAUAUUUCCCAAUGGAGCCAAGUACACCGGACAGUUCAGUGAAAACAAGCUGGAAGGGAAGGGAGAAUUUACUGACACACAGGGCCUGGAAUGGGAUGGCACGUUUCAUUACACAGCAGCACCAGGGCUGAAGCUAAAGCUGGAAAUGUAGGAUAUUUUGUACUGGAAGAAAGGCAUUAAAUAUUUGUUUAUGGAGCUUUUAACCAUGAUCACAAUAAUUUCUUACCUUAUUGAUAAAAAAACUGUUAGUUUUUAAAAUAAAGUUUAACCAGAUAAAGUAAGCAUUGGAUUAACUCAUUUAUUAUUUAAGUUUAAGAAUGUUAUGUAGUUUGACUCCCCCCUCACCCAAUUGUAACUUUAAAAUAAAUAAGUAUGUCUAUGCAUGUGUGUAUAUGUGUACAACUUUAACAUCCUGUUCCAAUAAUUUUUACUUCCAAACACUGAAAUUCUGAAGAGCUCAAGAUUAGUAGCUCUAACAUUGAGAUACAAGGAAA